AUGGUCAAGUUUAUGACAUGGAUCCAAUCAAAAGAGUUUGCUUCUUAUAUCGAUGCUAAUUUUAUUGCUGCAUCACAAACCCCAGAUUAUUCAAAGGUACAUAGGCAAAGCCAAGCAAUGGGUUGGUUUUGGUGGUCAAAAGAGCCGAAGAUUGAAAAAUAUUCGAUCGAAAAUUUAAAACGCUUAAGCGCUUUGCUUUUAGAUGGCUCGAAACAUGGCAGCAAUGACGAAGAAAUGAUUGAAUCGAUGAAAGAAAUUACUCAAAUUCUGAUUUGGGGUGAUCAACACAAACCCGCAAUUCUCGAGUAUUCUGAAGCCACUAAAUUCUUCAAUUCGGAUGAGAGCAUGGUUCGAGUUGCCGUCCGAACGAUCACAUUGAAUAUAUUUGCGGUUAAUGACGAACAGAUGCAGGAUUUCAUCUUGGAUAGAAAUGCCGCUCCAUAUUUUUCAAAUCUGGUUUAUUUCAUUGCUAAUCACGCGUCAAUUUUGAACGAUAUAGUUACUUCUCCAACAUAUCACAAACAAUAUCCAAAAUUUAAUUAUUAUAUUGCUGAACAUUGCGACAAUUUUUAUUAUAUCAAUGACAUUAUUAAUUUAAAUAAUGAAAAGAUGAACACGGUUUUGACAACACGUUUAAUGGAUUUACUGUUACAACCUAUUUAUGCUGAUAGUUUGGUUGACAAGAAGUUGCUACCAUCCCAGCAGAAAACACGAAUCAAUUCUGUUGUUGCUCUUGCGCUUUUAUGUCAUGUUUUACAUAUAUUCCGUCAUCCCCCGCUAGUUACAGACAUGGUAGCUAUGCUGUUUUCAAACUCCCCAGCUAUGAUGGAUUAUUCAUGCUCACCCCCAACGAGAUUUGAACGGUCGAGUUCCUCAUUUCGGAGGAAUCUAUAUCGGGAAGCUAUCAUGGGAUUCCUAGUUCCAGAUUUGUCCGCAGGCCAUCCCGACUUGAAUACUCUUCCUGCUCUUUGUUUGCUUUAUAUGUCAUGUAGAAACCAUGCAAUAGCGCCUGAUGUUUUAAUAGCAACCGAUGUGUACCCCCAAAAGUUGCUAAAAUCACGUCGUCUGUUGGACACUUUAAUAAGUGAUUCAGACGAAUACUUUCCUGAUGACGCUUCAUUAUGUGAAAGGCAAUCCUUUGAUACAGAAUCAAUAUUUUCAAAUUCCACAUCAACUUCUCAAGUGAAACCGUUAUUCAUCGAUAGAAAUGACGAAUCACAAUAUAAUGUUCCAAGUUACAAAUCUGUGCGUGGGCUAUUUAUUGACGAAGAAGAUUGCCCACAAUAUGGAUCAUUUUCAAUACCCACUAUAAAAAUAUCCUGUGAUGAUGUAUAUGAUAAUGGACCACAACAUACAAGAAAUUAUCGAGAAGAAUUAAUUAAAUUGAUUCUGACGUUAUUGUGUCAACAUUAUCACCAUUGUCGACUAAUAACACUUCAGAUGGCUGCUGAAGUUUUAUUAGAACUAUUAUAUUAUAAUGGAUCUGGUGAAUGUUUAACUCCAGACCAAAUGGAAUUAAUGAUUAGAGCGGAGAACGAAAUACAAGAAUUAUUAAAACCGUAUUUUUCUAAUAAUGACGAAUCUCCUUUGAAUGAAAGUGAGAAGACUUCUGCCGAUUCUAUGUUUGGUGGCGAUAAACAUGUUGGUGAGAUUAUAAUGAGUGCCAAACUAUUAUUUCCACCGCCGAUCGAAACGGACAAAGAAAAGCAAAAGAUUGUUGAUG